AUGCUUGAUAACACAAGGUAUUCAUGACAUUUUGUGUCUCUUGUGUCUCUCGCUCAGACACCAGCUCUGGUUUGUAGUGAGGCGUUCAGUGCAUUCCUACACAAGCACUGUCCUUUGGUGUCUGAGCGCUUCAGUCCCACACCAUGGUGCUGGGGAGGCCGCCUCCAAACCCUGGUCUUUUCCGUCCUCAAAUCCAGACCCCACGUCACGUAUCGCAAUGAGCUGAUCCGUACAGGUGAUGGUGGUCAGAUUUCGCUGGACUGGGUGGACAAUCAUGCCAGUGAGUCCUACCCAGAAUCCUCUACCCGCCCCACAAUACUGAUCCUCCCGGGCCUGGCAGGGAACAGCAAGCAGCCCUACGUGCUCCACGCCAUCAGCCAGGCCACCCGCCGAGGCUACAGAUGUGUGGUCUUCAACAACAGAGGGGUCGCAGGAGAAGAGCUGUUGACGCCUCUCACCUAUUGUGCAGCCAACACCUCAGAUCUCGAGCGUGUGGUGCAACACGUCAAAGGACUUCACCCAGAAGCCCCUGUGCUUGGCACCGGAGUGUCUAUGGGCGGCAUGUUGUUGUUGAACUACCUGGGCCGUAAGCGCUCGGAGUCGGGGCUGGUGGCGGGCUUCACCGUUUCCGUCCCCUGGGAUGCGCAUAAAUCCUCCAUCUCUAUGGAACAACCACUCAACUGGCUGCUCUUCAACAAGUACCUCACGUCUGUCGUGUGUCGUCUCAUCACCAGGCACAGAAAGAUUCUGGAGAAUGUGGUGGAUUUGGACCACGUCCUGAAGUCACAGACGAUCCGUGAGUUUGACGAACGCUUCACCUCUUUGCUUUUCGGAUAUAAAUCCUGUGAGGACUAUUACCACGACGCCAGCCCAGACAAGAAGCUCCACAACACAGCAGUCCCCAUCCUGUGCCUCAAUGCCGCUGACGACCCCUUCUCCCCUCAAAGUACGUUCCCACUGUCGAUAGUCCAGGGCCUGCCGAAUGUUGCUCUGCUGUUGACGGCUCACGGUGGCCACAUCGCCUUCAUGGAGGGUUUGUUCCCCCGCGGCGAGAACUACAUGGAGAGGCUGUUCGGCCAGUUUGUCCAAGCUGCCUUUGAACACCCGGGGGACAUCAACAAAGCUUGUGGCCUGUGAUCAUUCUCCUCCUGUAUGUACUUUGAGCCAGACCGGAUUACACAAUUACUUUCUACUGCGAAGAAUACAAAGUCGGUGGCAUGAUAGCAGAAGAGGAGCGAUUCACAGAAAUGCGUUGCUCUGCUGUUCUGCCACAGACAAGUUGCGUCUCCUUCAACUUUACACUGAAAAUGACCAACUGUAUUGUACAAUCAUGUGACCUCGAUGCAACUAAUCUACCUCCUCAAAAAUUAGAUGUCUCUUCAAGUAACAAAGAAAUCUGGUAACAAACUGAUAAAUUAAGGUUCUUCACACAAACAAAAAGGAAUCCAUGUUUAGUGAUUGGGAAAUGUUAUUGAAAUAGAAAUGAAUGGAAUGUGUAGUAAUGAGAGGUGUUGUUCUUUUGCAAGACUUGUUUUUUUGAAGUGUGAGACGGGAGGAUUAUACGUCUUUCAGGCCUUAGUGCAUACUUUACAUACACUUCAUUCAAGACCACAGCAGAGGUAAUACUGUUUGCUGUUGAGUUGCUAGAGCUGUAAGUCUCGACUGGAAAACGAGGAAUAUAUUGCAUCUAAUGCGACAAACCCAGACAAACUGACUUGAAGUCAGAGCUUUGACACCGACAAAGCCUCACACCUGCAUGAGGAUGUAUCAAAGCUCAACCACACCACAGAGGCACCAUGAUUUGCUUUUUAACAUUGGAAACAUGCAACAAUGGGGAGAAUCAGAGUUGCUCACAGAUUAUUACAGGCAGCAGUACCAGAGACGUUGGUUAGAAUGAAGGAUCCAAAACCUAGAAGGGAGAAACACAGUUGAGACUGUAAGAGGAGAAGGAGGUUCAAUAGAAACAUGGUUUAAGAAGCUAAGAGUAAGAAAAAUAGGAAAAUAAAUCACUAUCCCAAGACGCCCCAAACAGUGACAACUUUAAAGCUCCAAAGCCGAGACACGAACUUCCAAGAAGAAAAAUCUGAGCAAUGUGCUUGACUGACAGGUACAGCAGUCCUGCUCAGCCCUCAUUAAAAAGCCUUUUCAUUUAAGUGGUUCAUAUUUUGUCUGAUGAUAAUCCUAUAACAAAUAAGUUUAGGCGAAGGAGCUUUAUUCAGCUGCCAAGUAACUUCUUCACAAAUUCUCCUUAACACAUUCACUGGCCUGUUCAUAUAAAUGCUCACAAAACACUUAAGUUAAUGGUGGCUUCCUUCUAAAAUGUAUGGAUAUAUUAAAUAAAUAGCAGCAAAAAUUGAUUCAGUUGUUAUAAAUGCAAGAAUAUAACUGUAGAUUCAAUAAUUAAAGCACACAAGCAGAAGUGUUGGAGGUAAAAACAAUUUAAAAAAAUAAAUAAAAGUGAAUAACAGUUGUAGGAGGAAUUUUCUUCUAUUGCAUCUUUGGACUUUUUCUCUGUGGUUCAGUUGAGCUUUGAUAUGACCUCAUCCCAAAUACUUGCACAGUAAGUUGCAUAUUUUAUUUUAAAUGUCAUAUAAGCAAAGAAUUGUAUGUCUUUAUGCAGGUAUGCUCCCUCGCAAUGUAAAGUAUGUAGUACAAACUAUUACUUCUCUUUGUGGUAUCUGAGGGAUUUUUUUCCCUCUGUGUGUUAAAAUUGCUUUUUCUUUCGUCCUUUUCGCACAUUAUUGUUUGAAGGAAUUAGUUAGAAAUGAAAGAAUAUCACCACUUUCAGUCUGCACGCUCAUUAUUUGACAAAAUUCACAGAAGAGCUGCAGUUAUUUAACUCGACUCGAAGUGUUUUUCACUAUGACUCAUGAACAUAUGAAGAUUGUGGCAGAUAAUGUUGCUGUUGUGGUUUCACUGAAUUUAAUUUAUUAACUCACCAUUAUUCCAGCAUCACUAUUUGCAGAUAUAAACUAUGAUCACUUUAUUUAACUGCUGUGUAUUUCUUGAUGUUUUUUUUCUUCUUUCUAACAAAGUCUGUGAACAAAGACUUUUGGACAUUAUGGGCUAUCUGAUUGGUUCCUGAAUUAGACUUGAAUUAAAGAAUGAUAAAUAAACUUUAUCUGAAUAAUGGUUUUCUUUUUGUGCGCUGUACAGUUGGUUUAGAUGGUUUGCAAACAGAAUUGUGUCUGUUGAUCAAUGAGCACUAUCCCCAUAAAAAUAAAGAAACAAAAAAAUAAAAAUACUUGUAAAUGCACAAAUAAAUGUUCGUAUU